UCAUUCGAUCAUGAUUGCUUGAUUGGAUUGGAUGUCAAAUUGUCAAAUCAAAAAUCAAUUCAAAUAAUCAAUCAUUUAUUUAAAAAUUUAUGAACUUGUAAAGAAUGGAUAUUGAAGAAGAGAAAACGAUGUUAGAAGAACAAUUUAUAUUACGUAUUCCUUCAGAAGAAGCACACAAAAUACGUGCCAUUUUAAGAACCAAACCAGAAAAACUGAAGAAAAUAUUGAAAUUUGCUAUUGAUCCAAACACAAAUAAAGUAAUUACACAAAUUUCAAAACUGAAGUUGUAUGGCACUUUGAAAAAACUGCCCACUAUUGUGGAAUCAUACAAAACGAACAUUUGUAAUAACAAAUCAGUGAUGUUCAAAACUGCUGAUAUAUGUCAUAUAGCUGAUUGUAGUUAUGAGGAGAAACCCAAAGAAAAAAUCGAAACUAUCCAUGGAUUGACUUUGCCUCUGAAGAAUGUCAAGAGAAAGCGUUUCAGGAAAACAAUGUACAAUGCUGAUACUGCUGUUGAGGCAGAAGCUGUAUCAAAAGAAUUGUAUUAUUUGCUGAGCACAGAUUUAGAAGCGGUUUCUUCGAAAUUCGAAAUAUUAUAUGAAAAUGGAAGCGGUCCUAAUGUUAAGAAGCAGUGUGGUAAGAAGAAGGACGGACGGAGAACAUUCUCAUUUUUGUGCAAAAACUCUAAUAACGUUUAUUUUCAUUUACAGAAAAAACGUUAUUUGGACAACUGUCUAGUGAUUCCUCAGAGGUUUUAAUUUUGAUAUCCAUUGCUUAAUUUUUUCAUCUUGCUACCAUCUUCCAUCUUCAUUAGAUAGUGUGGAUCAAUUUUUCAAUGUGACAGCACCAGAAAUAACAUAUACCGGAUGUUCUCAUUUUUCUCAACAAGCGAUAUCUGUGCUAUCAGAAACGAUUACAAGACGAAGUGUCACAUCUAUUCUAAAAUUAAACCCCACAAGAUAAGUGAUAAGAUUAGUGUGGGCCAAAUUUAACACCAAAACGGAAAGUUCCAUUUGUGAACUGGUUAGACUAAGACUGAUUUAGUAGUGGUAGAAUUUGAGUAGACUGUACAGGGUGG